AUGGCAGGAUAUAGAAGCCAAAAAUCGCAGUCUUGUACAAAUGAAGCUUUCUCUUUUAUGUCAACCUUAUCUAGGUCUGAAAAUUUAAACCUUGCAGUCCUGCUCUAUGAUUUUUUCUCUUUACUUUUUAUAUUUAUGAGAAAAUUUGACCGAAUUUGAGGAUAUUUUAUCAAAAUUUAUAAAUUUUAUCUGAAAAAAAUUGUCGGAAAACUGCCAAAUGGUAAAAAGUCCAGAAAAAUGGUAUAGAGCCUGCAGUCCAUUGCAUCCAAAAAGUUUCACAGGAGUUGGAAGAAACUGAGCAAGAAGCCUCUGCUUCUGUGACCAAAAAAUUUCCCUUGGCUAGCCACAGAUCAACACCAGAAGUCCAAAUGGAAAGAGAGGAUUCUGGACGUUACUGUGAAGAGAACUCUUACAAACAGAGCGAGAGUCCACCACCAAAUCCCACUGAUUCUUCAACAUUCCAUAGUGAAUCUAUCGGGUAUGCAGACGAUUCAGUUGAGUACAAAACAUUAACAAUAUCGCAUUCAAUUACCAAAAUUGUUAGAAGGCGCUAUAAUCGCAUUUUUAAGCUUUUAGCGUAUCCUUUAUUUGAGAAAAAUCAGGUCCAGUUGCUAUCUCCUACAUAUUGGCAAACAAAGUCUUAAUAAUUUUUUUUUAAAAAAUCUCAUUUAGUUAUGGUUACUAGGCUUAGCACUUUAAAAAACAUUUAAUUUUUUGACUAAAAAAUAUAUAUAAUUUCAUUUAAGUAAGAAGGUUUUAAGAAAAAAUUCUGUUAUUUUAAUCAGAAGAGUAAGAAUAAAGUCUCUCCAAUCUCAUGUCCAUAAAAGUUUCAAACAAAUCAAGCUAACUCCUGCAGAGAAAAAAAAUAUUUUGUUGGAGUCAGCCAAACGGCUCGUUUUAACAGUAAAAGUCAACUAUGACCAAAUUUCCUUAUGAAGGUGGUACUUCCAAACUAUAAAAUCCAAUGUCAAUGUCCCAAAAUAUAAUAUUUUACCACAUUCAAGGCUGAAAUCAGGUAUCGGGAUUUUAGACCACGUUUUCCGGUGUGGAACAAUCCGUUAUCACGGAAAUUUAAAACAAAUUUUAGCAAGAUGGAAAGAAAGUACUGAUGGAUUUUUUGAAAAAAUUGAGCAAAUUCAGAAGAAUCAAACUACAGUGAAGUGGCUAAAAAGGCUUAGCUUUGCUAGCGUGCAUUUCUUCCAUGCAAAUGAGUAUUUAAGCAUGUCUGACGGGUUUUCCAGAUGGAAACAAUGUGUUCUUGAGGCAGAAAUUGGCGAAACUCAAAAGAAGUAUGAGGGAUAUGUGGGCUCAGCGCAGAACAUAGCCCUUACUGAAUUAGCAAAGCUCUUUUCAGCCAAAAAAAUAAAUUACUUUAAUGAGCUAAAAAUGAGAUCUUUUAGGCUGACAAUUAUGAGAUGCAAAAUUCAACACUUGCUCCAUUUGCUUAAAAAAAGCUUAAGGAACUGGCUGAUUAGGCUGCAAAAGCCUAAAGCUUCAGAAGCUCCAAAUGGAAAAUCUCAUUUAUUCUAUGUUAAAUUAAAUUAAGUGUUAUUUCAAAAAAACAGUUUUAUUUAGCCCACAAAAUCUUCAUUAAAUCAGUCCACUAUACUUAAUUUAGCUCAUAUUGUAAAAUACAAUAUAAAAACUGCCUUUUUCAGAUGGAAAACUCUACCCCAAGACCAAACUCUUCAAAAUUCAGAAAGACUGAGAUUUAGAAAAACCAUCCUAAGAAACUUAAAUUUUAUUAUAAACAGAGACUUAGCAAGAGCUUUUGAGACUUGGAAAAAUCCUGACUACAUUGAAGAAGUCGAAGAAGUAGAAACAGUCACCAAAAAUAUCGUCACAAGGGUCGACCAAAUUGUGUCUGUCAGAAUCUUCGUCCCAAAGCAAAAAAUUUUCACAUCAUUGGAAUAUAGAGAAGAGCACCCUGCAGAGCCAGUCAAAAAAUCCCAUCGCAUUAUAAAAGCAGCCCUCAGAAAUCUCGACCAUAUUCUUAUGAUCUGUGUCCUACAAGCCUGGACUAAAUGGAAUCAACCAAUUCCUCCUUCUCCAGCCAAUAAGCAUAGAGAAAAGAAAUUUAUUUCUUAUCAAGUCUCUUCUAAGCCGAUUUGCAGAAUCGAAACUUCUGGCUUCAUUGAAAAAUCUUCCUUUAUAUGCUCAGGAGAAAGUUUUUAUAACUCUACCCUUGAUACCUCAAGCUUUAUCAGAAAUAUUUCCCCAGAAGAUAUCCCUGACGGCUUCCCUGAAAUAGUUUCUUAUCUUUAUGAUACCAAAAUUAAAAAAUCGUCACUUACAAGGACUGCUCUGUUUGAGUGGCAAAAUAAGGCCCAAAAUAAAAAUCUCAAGAAGAAAAACCUUCAAGUUUUGGUUAAAAAUAUUAAAAGUUUCCUAGUGAAACAUGAAAAAAGUGGGUUUGAGAAGUGGCAAAAUGUGGCAAAGAGUACUGCUAAUUAA